GCGGGAGGGUCAGGGUAGAAAGACGGAGAGAGUGAACUGGAAGUCGAUGGAUGCAGAGAUCGGUGAUGUCGUUGGAAUGGCGGGAAGAAGAGGUGGGAGGGGAAGUGCUGGAGCGCGCGCGCCAACGACCCGGUUCGUCGGUUUUCGCAUGCAAUUGUUGUCAAUGUGAUAUGAUAUGAUUCCAUGACGAUCCAAGCACGGGCGGAGCACCGCUGAGGAGCGAUAUAGCGCGUAACGUCGUGUGUGUGACUCGUGCUUGGCGUCAAUUGGAUAUCGAUCGUCGCAGUUGGCGCGGUUUCGGGCGCGACUUUGAUCUCGAUCUUUGCUGUCGGCGCGCAUUUUUUUCAUUCCGAUGCUCACCAACUGGCACUGGCGCCUUUUUGGUUCAGGCGUUUGGCAAUUGGGAAGUUACUACUCGAUCUGCUGCGGCAAUGGUGUGAUGACCGGAUCUUUGCCGUUGACUAACGUGGCUGAUCGGCGACCGCAAAACGCAGCGAGGCUGCCACGUGUCUGACGACGUAACCGUCAAAAUGGCUCUCAGGAAUUCCUCUCGGCUGAUUUUGGCGGUGGCGGUGGCAUCGGCCACCUAUGUGGCCAACAGCUCAUACAGCCGCAGUCGUUCAAAGAAGAGGGAGGUCAACCUGCCCGUGUUGGCCGACGAAGUGCCGUCGCGCGAAACAAUGCUCAGUGCACUGCGCGGGAGCAGCGCCGCUAAUCCGUACGAUGUGCUGGUCAUUGGCGGCGGAGCGACCGGCACCGGGGUGGCUUUGGACGCGGUCACGCGGGGGCUGAAGGUGGCACUUGUGGAGAGGGAGGACUUCGGCUCAGGCACCUCAUCGAGGAGCACGAAGCUCGUUCAUGGAGCGGGCCACGUCAGCAGGACACGGCAGCAGUGCCACGUCAGCAACCAGUCACGCAGCAGGUCACGUCAGUGCAUGGUGCUCACCCGCUCAAAGACAAGCGGCAUGGAGCAGCAGCCAGGCGAGACUACCGAGGCCUAUGAGGCCCGCAUGCUGAACAUGGUAGCAGAAUUCAAGCAACGGGCAGCUGCGGCAACAUCCGCCCGUAAGAAGGAAGAUGAGGAAGCAGAGGAACAGCGUCGCCUUGCUGAACAGCAGCAACAGGUGGACGCUGAGGCAGCAAGGAAGACCGCACACGAACGCCGUCGGCUACACCGAGACAAACUCCUUGAAUGUGAGGGUGAUAUCGAGGUGAUCGCCGACGAAUGGGCAGUGGCUGCUGAAGAGGAGGGUGCCCCCUCUGUUUGCCUUGCCACCACAAUCGAACAUGUGAGCGACUUGGUUGCCACCUGUGCAGCACAGCAAGAGGACAUCCUUUGCGUGGACACCCUGGUCCGGAAGCAAAUUCGAAUUAUUGACGAACUGCUUGACCGGCGGACCGCCGAGAUAGGCCUAUGCUUUCUACGAGCCGCCGCGACGACCGAAUCUUCACCUACGGGUUUGUCUUCGGACCCCGGAGUGGUGCGGCUGCUCGACGAGUUCACCGACAUCUUUGAGUCUCUUAGCGGUGUGGUGCCGGAUCGACCGAUCUCCCACGAGAUCAUCCUUGAGGCCGGUGCUGUGCCGCCGAAAGGAUGCAUCUAUCGCAUGAGCGAGGAAGAGCUUGAGAAGAACAAGGAUCUUCACUUGUGCAUCGACUACCGCAAGCUCAACGCACAAACCGUCAAGAAUGCGGGACCUCUUCCGCGGAUUGACGACCUUCUUGAGCGUUUGGGCGGCGCGAAAUUCUUCUCGAAGUUGGACUUGAAGUCGGGCUACCAUCAAAUCUUGAUACGCCCGCAAGAUUGCUACAAAUCCACGUUCAAGAUGCGGUACGGACAUUUUGAGUGGAUCGUUAUGCCUUUUGGCCUCACAAAUGCCCCGACGACCUUUCAAGCGACAAUGACCAACGAGUUCCGUGGGAUGCUGGACCGGUUCGUACUAGUCUACUUGGACGACAUCCUCGUCUAUAGACGGACAUUGGAGGAUGAUCUUGAGCACCUUCGACGAGUGCUGGAGACGCUCAGCCGCGCCAAGUACAAAACCAACCGCGACAAGUGCGAAUUUGUUCGGCAAGAGCUGGAAUACUUGGGUCAUUUUGUCACACUGGAGGGCAUCAGUCCAUUGUCGGACAAGAUUCAAGCCAUGCAAGAGUGGCCGGAGCCAAAGACCGCCACAAACGUCGGUUCCUUCCUUGGCUUAGCCGGCUACUAUCAACGCUUCAUCAAGGGAUACUUGAAGAUCGCGGCUCCUUUAUCCAAGCUUCAAUGUGAGGACCGACCAUUCGACUUCGACGACAAUGCGCGGACUUCCUUUUUGGCUCUCAAAGCCGCAUUGCUAUCCGCGGAGGUGUUGCGCAUCUACGAUUUGCUUUUGCCGACACGUGCCACUACCGAUGCGUCCGCCUAUGGCAUUGGUGCCGUCCUCGAGCAACAUGACGGUGUGGACUUGCACCCGAUCGAGUACUUUAGCAAGAAAGUGCUUGUCGUGCACUCGAUUGACGAUACACGGAAAAAGGAAUUAUUGGCCUUCGGAAGCGCCAUGGACAUUACCGGCCCGUUCCCGAAGCACAAGACCGGAGUGGAUGGGAUUCUCAUGGUGGUCGACCGACUCACCAAGUUCGCCAUGUUUCUGCCUUGUCGCUAUCAUGCCAAGGCACCAGAAUUGGCCGAGUUUUUUUACGCCGGUUGGAUUCGAAACAAGGGUUACCCCAAGGAAAUCGGCUGCGACCACGACACUCGGUUCAUGUCCGAUUUUUGGUUGGCGCUCAUCAAACGAUGGGGCUCAUCUCUCAAGCCAAGUUCGGCUCGCCACCCCCAAACCGAUGGCCAAACGGAGAGGGUGCAUCAGACCGCACAGAUUCUCCUUCGCACUCUCAUCCGUCCCGAUCAAAAGGAUUGGGUUGAGCGGCUGCCGGAACUCGAGUUGGCAUACAACUCGUGCAUCCACCCGGCUAUCAGGAUGUCACCCUUCGAGUUCGAGCACGGCUCGCCGGUCACUUCUUCAUUGGACACGAUCAUUCCACGAACGGCCGAGAGCGACGACCAUCUUCUUUUCUUGCGUCUGAUGCAAGAGCUACUUGUCAAGGCACGCGACCAGAUGGCCAAGACACAGCAACGCAUGAGCCAACAGGCCAAUCGCCAUCCUGACCCAUUCCGCGCCGGCGAUCUCGUUUGGGUUUCCGUCGCGGAAUUCAGCCUUGAACAAGAUAUCUCUCGCAAGCUCCUCCUGAAAUGGAUGGGGCCUUGGCCGAUCAUAGCACCCGCUGGGGAUGCACCAGAGGGACCUUCCUUCACCAUUCAGGUGCCCGCCCACUUGCCUGUCUACCCGGUCUUUCAUUGCUCCAAAUUGGCUCUUUACACGCCAGCGGAACAUGACGAUUUUCCCAGGCGACGAUCGCAAGACCCACCCUCUAUGGAUGGUUUUCAAGAGGUCGGGGGCAUCAUCUCCCAGCGACGCUACGGCAACAGGCCAACCGAGUACUUGGUACAUUUUGCGUAUUGCAGUCACAAAGCUGACCGUUGGUUAACCCGUGCGGAACUCCAAGCCACAGCUCCGGAUGUUCUCGCACACUACGAACGAAAGAUGCAAGGCAAGCCGGUAUCUUCGGCUCCACGGCUAAAGCUCUAUGAUCUUGUAGCGGGGCCAAAAUUGCUCUUCAUGUCGCGUUUCCUUUGGGCCCGGGAGGCACUGGACCAGUUCCCUCAGCUUGCUAAGACAAGCCCAGAUGGAAGGUCUUUGAAGGGAGCUGUUGUCUACUUCGAUGGGCAGAUGGAUGAUGCAAGGUUGAAUGUUGCUCUCGCUUGUACCGCAGCACUCGUGGGUGCCACCGUGGCAAAUCACACGGAAGUGAAGACACUGCACAAGGAUGUAGUGACUCAGAAGAUUGUUGGUGCGAGAGUCCAGGACAAGCUUUCCGGAAAGGAAUUUUAUGUGCAUGCCAAAGUGGUGGUGAAUUCGACUGGACCAUUCUGUGAUUCGGUUAGGCAAAUGGCGGACAAGGAAGCCAAGGGGAUGAUCAGGGCAAGUAGCGGUGUGCAUAUAAUUCUUCCAGACUACUAUUCGCCAAAAUCGAUGGGAUUAAUUGUGCCAAAGACGAAGGACGGCCGAGUUCUGUUCAUGCUUCCUUGGUUGGGAAAGACUUUAGCAGGAACAACGGAUGCCGACACGAAGCUCACCAUGCGUCCUGAACCGGCAGAGGAGGAGAUUAACUUUAUACUCAAUGGCAUCACCGACUUCCUGGCUGUAAAGGUGCGGCGAGAGGAUGUGAUGUCCGCCUGGAGUGGGAUUAGGCCGUUGGUGACGGACCCAUCAGCUUCUGAUACAGCAAGUGCUUCAAGAGACCAUGUGGUUGUAGUUGAUGACAAUGGGCUGGUCACUAUUGUGGGUGGCAAGUGGACGACGUAUCGAAGCAUGGCAGAAGAUGCUGUGGAUGCUGCAGUGAAGGCAGCAGGGCUGGCACCCCACAACCAGUCCGUGACUGACCGAUUGCGCCUGGUUGGGGCAGAGGGCUAUGACCCUGGGCUGGUUACAGUGCUGACUCAGCAGUACAGAAGGAUGAAGAUUUCACAUGGGGGGAAGAUCAUUCCUGGCGCCUUUGACAGUGAGGUUGCUCAUCAUCUGGUUCGCUCAUAUGGUGGUCGCGCAGAGAGUGUUGCAUUCAUAGCACAGGUUGAGAAUCUUGGGAAGCGGUUGGCCCAUGGAUAUCCAGUACUUGAAGCCGAAGUCGCCUACUGCACUCGUAACGAAUUUUGUGAAUCGGCUAUCGAUUUCAUUGCACGAAGAUCGCGUCUGGCUUUUCUCGACACUGCAGCUGCACUGCAGGCGCUUCCAAGAGUGGUUGACAUACUUGCAGCAGAAAAGAAAUGGGAUAAGAGGCGGAAGAAAACUGAGCUGGAUGAUGCAAAGGCUUUUCUCAAGACAUUUGGUUCAUCAAAGAAUGCAUUUUUCAUUGAUGGCAAGCAUAUCAAGCCUGAAAUGAAGCCCUAGGCUUUCUGUAAGCAGUCAGAGUGAAUGGAGUCUUGAUCUUGCUGUGUAUUCAUUCUUUUGUUUUCAGCUGCUGUUGUUGAGCGUGAAAGACGAAACUCGUGAUGGUGGUGACCAAGGUGGUUGCUUAUCUUUCACCAUUGCUGAGAAGAGAUCUGGUGCAUUUGGUGGCAGUCUAUGGUACUGACCCUGGGUAUGGAAGCUUGUUUGGAUUUGGUGACUGAUUGACCAGGGGCCUUGCUCCACUGCACAAGCUUCUAAAUGUAUCUUGAGCUAAUAAUGGAUGCAAUGCAUUCAAAAUGUUGGAUCCGCCCCGGAGUAUCUGGUCCAAUUCCAGUCCACAUACAUGAAGAAUGUUGAGUAGUGGAGGGAGGCUCCAGGCUUUGGGAGGUAUGAGCACAAAAGGCCAAACCAGUAAUCAUUCUGGAUUCUUUCUCAUUGGCACCCAAGUGAAGUGUAUGGACCCACAUACAUGUGGCGUCUUUUAUCCACCACUACGCACCCCAGGCAGAAAAGAAGAGUGAGUUUCCGUGAAUACGAAACUUUCGGAUUGGUGGAAACAGCUCCGGACAUACCGGUAGCUCAAGGUGCUGAUGUGCCGAACGUCUGCCGGGAGAACCACGAGGCAAGGGUGUGUCUAUGUGUGGGAUUAGAGGGCUUGAUGUAUGCAACCGCAGCCAGGAUUGUUUGACACAAGUGCUACCGUCUUCACCCUAAUAGAAUGGCCAGUCAUUGUAAGUUUGUAACUGUAUUUGGGGGAACGUUCAGUCCAGGUGCAGUGAUAAUCACCAGGCGUUCUAUUUGGGCGGAGACGGUAGGCAGUCAAUCGUGAAUGAAUUAAUGGUGUUGUUUAUGACGAUGGAUGAGUAUCCCUACACUAUUAAAAUCGCUAACGUGACAAAUUUAAGAUCUGGGCCGCUGUCGGUCGUAACAGCCCACGCCCCAGAUCGUUGGAAGUAUGUAACAAAUCUGCGAUUAAGAUCUUAAGGGCACGCACGGCACGCACCUAAAUCCAGGCCGUUGGGUCCUACUGGACCGACGGCCUGGAUGUACACGGUCUUAAGAUCUUCAGACUGUGCCUGAAUUGAGCCCGUCGGCCCAGUACCUCGGGCCCAACGGCCUAGAUGGCAGGCAACGGGCGCAUUCGAUCAGUGCCGUUUUGAUCCGUGCCCUUUUUCCUUGAACUUCGGUCCUGGGGCAACAUCAGCUGUUGUUGCGUGUGUUGUCAUUGGUGUUGGGUAUCGGUCCUCUACCGUCUGCCCUGUGUGGUGAAGCGCCCUGCGUCAUGUUGUGAAGCGCCUUGUGUCGUGUCUUGGAGCGCCCUAAGCCGCACUCGACUCUCUCUCUCUCUCUCUCUCUCUCUCUCACACACACACACACACACACACACACACACACUCCUGGUGUGGCGCUGAAAUCUUGUGGAAUUUGGCAUAGUACUCACAGUGGACUCGCUGUAGCGCUAGGACAUCGUCCAAUUCUGCAGGUUGCACGGCAGGGGGAGGUUCAUAACACUUUUGGAACUGCGUUCAGGGCUCUCCAAGUUUUUUCAGACCUAUGGAGUAUGGGGUCGGUGCUUUCUUGCUGGUGGAGUCCUCUGUCUUAGUUAAGUUGCUUCUUGCCUUCCACCCUUUGAUGGAUUAAAUAUGUGCAAGUGUGCCACUUCGGCGGCGACGGGUGUGUGGGCACUUUGCGCUGAACCACACAAACGUGGCCAACCGAGCAUUUUCUAUUAUACUAGCUAUCUAUACUUGUUGUUAUGAAUGGAUGGUUAUGACUUGUGGAGGAAGUGAGACAGAGAAUUUGGGGUGCUAUAACAACACAGUGAACACACACUAGCAUGUAGGAGCCACAUAGCUUGUGACAUCUGUCUGCAUAACUGUGACUGCAAAAAUUGGAUGUGGUGCUUCCAUAGUCCACACCCGAACCGGUCCUGUCUGGUCUGUAGGGGUGGCCACCAUAGGCAAAAUCUGCUCCUCAACGCAAAAGCUUAGGCAACCCAAACACUAAACUAACCCCAUGUGCCAUUUGAGAGUAGUAUCUUCCAGCAGUGAGUGUUGAGUUCUGCAAAGUUCGUCAUACCCCUCUCCCCUGCCCUUCGCAUGUCAUACUCUAUCCUGCGCUUCCAAAUGGGGGAUGUCUAGCCAUUGAGUGAUAGAGGUGGUGUUGGCGUGAGUGGGUUGUUUGGAAUGAAUAGCAGUGCCAGUG